AUGAGGGGAAAGGAUCUACUGUGUAUCAGAGACUCAACCCUUCUGUAUCUUUGGGAACAUUCGACUAGCUCUCACGCCCCAUCUGGGCAAGAGAGAUCUGCAGACAUCCCAGAAUCAGGAGACUGUGCUUGCAACCAUGACACUGCUUUAACAGGUCAGCGUGCUGAGAUCAUGGCUGUCCACGAGUCUCUCCAGAAGGAAACCUCUGCUAACGAGACCCUGAGAUGGAUGGAUGGCAGGCACCUCAAUGGCACCUUCCUCCCGUACUACCAGCACUCUCCAGCAGUGGCAGCUGUCUUCAUUGUUGCUUACCUCUGCAUCUUCCUCUUGUGCAUGGCUGGGAACUCCCUGGUGUGCCUGGUGGUGGUGAGGAACCAGCGCAUGCACACGGUCACCAACCUCUUCAUCCUGAACCUUGCCAUCAGUGACCUGCUGGUGGGCAUCUUCUGUGUGCCAACCACCCUCCUGGACAACCUGAUCACAGGCUGGCCCUUCAACCAGGUCGUCUGCACCAUGAGUGGCCUUGUCCAAGGAUCGUCUGUCUCGGCCUCCAUUUUCACGCUCGUGGCCAUCGCCAUGGACAGGUUCCACUGCAUCAUCCUGCCCUUCAGAGAGCGGCUCAGUCUUCUCAAGGCUGUGAUAAUUAUCGUCGUCAUGUGGGUUCUAGCCAUAGCCAUCAUGUGCCCUUCUGCCAUCCUGCUGACCGUCGCCCACAUGGAGGAUCACUUCCUGGUGCUAAACGAUGGGCACAGCACCACCUACCCCCUCUACACCUGCUACGAGGCCUGGUCUGACAGCAGCAUGCGGAAACUGUACACCACCAUCCUCUUCACCCACAUCUACCUCGUCCCCCUGGUGCUCAUUGUCUUCAUGUAUGGAAGAAUCUGCCUGAAACUCUGCAGCUCCACGGUGCCCAUCCCCGAACAUCCCACCUGUGCCAGCAGAGUCGGUAGCACAUCCAGAAAGAGGAUCAGGGUCAUUAAGAUGCUGAUCUUGGUUGCACUCCUCUUUGUGGUCUCCUGGCUGCCCUUGUGGACGCUGAUGCUGCUGGUGGAUUACACCAACUUGACUGAUGACCAUCUGGAUUUGCUGACAGGCUAUUUCUUCCCCUUUGCCCACUGGCUAGCUUUCUCUAAUAGCAGCAUCAACCCAGUCAUCUACGGCUACUUCAACGAGAACUUCAGGAGGAGCUUCCAGGCGGCCUUUAACUUCCAGCUGUGUUCCCAGGAGACAAAGCAUAAGGAGACUUACUCUGAGCACUCUCGCAUCCCCACCAGCUUCAGGAUGUGCAACAGAGUCUUUGCGAAGGCAACCUCCUCCAACUGUGUAUCCUCCCAUCACACUCAAAACGCUGCCUCUCUCUUCUCCAGAAAUGUUCAGCCCAUGUGCCCUGGCCUGGGCUUGGAAAACAUUGAUAAAAUAAUGCCCUACCACAGAGUAACCCAGGCCUGGGAGAAACCAGAGGCAUAA